AUGAUGAAGCCCCUCUUCACAAUCGUCGCCCUCGCCGGUCUGGCAUCUGUCCAGGCCCAGGAUGAACUCCCCACGUGCGCACAAAGCUGCGUAACCCAACUCACCACGGGCUCCCAAAUCGGUGGCUGCCCCAGCCUAGACAUCAAGUGCAUCUGCUCAGCCGACGCCUUCCUGGCCAAUAUCGCCUGCUGUCUAGCGGGCGUCUGCAGCACCGCCGACCAGGAAGCCUCGGUCCAGUACGCUAAGAACCUGUGCACCACCGCGGGAGUCACCGUCCCGGAUGCGGUUGUGUGCGCUUCGGCUUCUGGGACGGCUUCUGGGACUGCUUCGGGGACGGCUGCUUCGACGGGAACGGUGCCAUCAGGGACGGCUGCUUCCACGACCGCCUCAGGGUCGGCGGCCACUGCUACGGCUACGGGAGCGGCUCCUACGACGGGUUCGGGGAUGGUUGGGGUGGUUGGAGGGCUGCUUGCUGCUUUGGCCUUGUUGUGA